AUGGGGCCGGGGACCCAGGGCCGCCGCCGCCACCGCCACCCGGCGUCCCCACCGCCGCCCGUACGGGCGCUGCCGCUGCUGCUGCUGCUGCUGCUGCUGCUAGCGGGGCCGGGGGCUGCAGCUCCCCCUUGCCUGGACGGAAGCCCCUGUGCAAAUGGAGGUCUUUGCACCCAACUGCCUUCCGGGGAGCCGGCUUGCCUGUGCCCACCAGGCUGGGUGGGGGAACGGUGCCAGCUGGAAGAUCCUUGCCACUCGGGCCCCUGUGCCGGCCGGGGAGUUUGCCAGAGCUCCGUGGUGGCGGGCACUGCCCGCUUCUCCUGCCGAUGCCCCCGUGGCUUCCGAGGCCCCGACUGCUCCCUGCCAGACCCCUGUCUCAGCAGCCCUUGCACCCAUGGUGCGCGCUGCUCCGUGGGGUCCGAUGGUCGCUUCGUCUGCUCCUGCCCGCCGGGCUACCAAGGCCGCAGCUGCCGGAACGACGUGGACGAAUGCCGGCUGGGCGGGCCAUGCCGCCAUGGGGGCACCUGCCUCAACACGCCAGGAUCCUUUCGCUGCCAGUGUCCCUCGGGCUACACGGGGCCACUGUGUGCCAGCCCGGCGGCCGCGCCCUGCGCCCCAUCUCCAUGCCGCAAUGGGGGCACCUGUCGACAGAGUGGUGACGCCACUUACGACUGUGCCUGCCUCCCUGGGUUUGAGGGACAGAACUGUGAAAUCAAUGUGGACGACUGCCCGGGACACCGGUGUCUCAAUGGGGGCACCUGCGUGGACGGCGUCAACACCUACAAUUGCCAGUGUCCGCCUGAGUGGACAGGCCAGUUCUGCACGGAGGACGUGGACGAGUGCCAGCUGCAACCCAACGCCUGCCACAACGGGGGCACCUGCUUCAACACCCUGGGCGGCCACAGCUGUGUGUGUGUCAACGGCUGGACGGGCGAGAGUUGCAGCCAGAACAUCGAUGACUGCGCCACGGCCGUGUGUUUCCAUGGGGCCACCUGCCACGACCGUGUGGCUUCUUUCUACUGCGCCUGCCCCAUGGGCAAGACCGGCCUCCUCUGCCACCUGGAUGACGCCUGCGUCAGCAAUCCAUGCCAUGAAGAUGCCAUUUGUGACACCAACCCCGUGAACGGCCGGGCCAUUUGCACCUGUCCCCCGGGCUUCACGGGUGGCGCGUGCGAUCAGGACGUGGACGAGUGUUCCAUCGGAGCCAACCCGUGCGAGCACCUGGGCCGCUGCGUCAACACCCAGGGCUCCUUCCUGUGCCAGUGCGGCCGCGGCUACACGGGCCCGCGCUGUGAGACCGAUGUCAACGAGUGUCUCUCCGGCCCGUGUCGCAACCAGGCUACGUGCCUGGACCGAAUCGGCCAGUUCACGUGCAUCUGCAUGGCAGGUUUCACGGGGAUCUACUGCGAGGUGGACAUUGAUGAGUGCCAAAGCAGCCCGUGCGUCAACGGCGGCAUCUGCCGGGACCGCGUCAACGGUUUCAGCUGCAUCUGUCCCUCGGGCUUCAGCGGGGCCACCUGUCAGCUUGAUGUGGACGAAUGUGCCAGCACGCCAUGCCGCAAUGGCGCCAAGUGCGUCGAUCAGCCAGAUGGCUAUGAGUGUCACUGUGCCGAGGGCUUCGAGGGUACCCUGUGUGAACGCAACGUGGACGAUUGCUCUCCGGACCCGUGCCACCAUGGGCGCUGUGUGGAUGGCAUUGCCAGCUUCUCCUGCGCUUGCGCUCCGGGUUACACCGGCACACGCUGCGAGAGCCAGGUGGACGAAUGCCGUAGUCAGCCGUGCCGCCACGGGGGCAAAUGCCUCGAUCUGGUGGACAAGUACCUCUGCCGCUGUCCUCCUGGUACCACUGGUGUGAACUGCGAGGUCAACAUAGAUGACUGUGCCAGUAAUCCUUGCUCCUUCGGGGUCUGUCGCGAUGGCCUCAACCGCUAUGACUGUGUCUGCCAACCUGGCUUCACAGGACCCCUUUGCAACGUGGAGAUCAAUGAAUGCGCGUCCAGCCCUUGCGGCGAGGGAGGCUCCUGCGUGGACGCGGAAAAUGGCUUCCGCUGCCUCUGCCCGCCUGGCUCCCUGCCGCCGCUCUGCCUCCCCCUGAGCCACCCCUGUGCCCACGAGCCUUGCGGGCAUGGUGUGUGCCACGAUGCGCCCAGCGGGUUCCGCUGUGUGUGUGAGCCUGGCUGGAGCGGCCCCCGCUGCAGUCAGAGCCUGACCAGGGACAUCUGUGAAUCCCAGCCCUGCCGGGCCGGAGGCACCUGCACCAGCGACGGGACAGGCUUUCACUGCGCCUGUCCCCCAGGAGUCCAGGGACGUCAGUGUGAGCUGCCGUCCCCCUGCACCCCGAACCCCUGCGAACACGGGGGCCGCUGCGAAUCAGCUGGACACAUGCCGCUUUGCUCUUGUGCCCCCGGCUGGCAAGGUCCUCGGUGCCAGCAGGAUGUGGAUGAGUGUGCUGCUGGUCCCUCGCCUUGUGGCCCCCAUGGCACCUGUACCAACCUGGCGGGGAGCUUCAGCUGCACUUGUCGCAGGGGGUACACCGGCCCUUCCUGUGACCAGGACAUCAAUGACUGUGACCCCAACCCCUGUCUGAAUGGUGGCUCCUGCCUGGAUGGUCCUGGCUCAUUUUCUUGCUCCUGUUUGCCGGGCUUCUCUGGCCCCCGCUGUGCCCGUGACGUAGAUGAGUGUCUGAGUAAUCCUUGUGGGCCAGGUACCUGUACUGAUUACGUAGCAUCCUUUACCUGCACCUGCCCGCCGGGCUAUGGAGGCCUGCACUGCGAGGAGGACCUGCCCAACUGUAGCCCCAGCUCUUGCUUCAACGGUGGCACCUGCGUGGAUGGUGUUAACUCCUUCAGCUGCCUGUGCCAGCCAGGCUACACGGGUGCCCACUGCCAGCAUGAAGCCGAUCCCUGCCUCUCGAGGCCCUGCCUACACGGGGGCGUUUGCAGCGCCACCCACCCAGGCUUCCGUUGUACCUGCCAGGAGGGCUUCACCGGUACCCAGUGCCAGACCCUGGUGGAUUGGUGCAGCCGCGGGCUGUGCCAGAACGGGGGUCGCUGCGUCCAGACAGGGGCGUACUGCCUCUGCCCGCCUGGAUGGAGUGGCCGCUUCUGUGACAUCCGGAGUCUGCCCUGCAAAGAGGCUGCGGCUCAGAUGGGGGUGCAGGUAGAGCAUCUGUGCCAAGCAGGUGGGCAGUGCGUGAGUGAAGACAACUCGCAUUUUUGCCUGUGUCCCGAGGGCCGCACAGGCAGUCACUGCGAACAGGAGGUGGACCCCUGCGUGGCCCAGCCCUGUCAGCACGGGGCCACGUGCCGUGGCUACAUGGGGGGCUAUGUGUGCGAGUGUCCCGCUGGCUACACAGGCCACAGCUGCGAACAGAAUGUGGACGAAUGUGACUCCCAGCCCUGCCAGCACGGGGGUUCCUGCAUUGAUCUGGUGGGCGGCUACCUCUGCUCUUGUCCCCCGGGCACUCAGGGGGUGCUCUGUGAGAUUGAUGAUGAUGACUGUGGCCCGCCCUUGGCCUCUGCGCCACCUCGCUGCCUGCACAACGGCUCCUGUGUGGACCUGGUGGGCGGUUUCCGCUGCACCUGUCCCCCGGGGUACACGGGUGUGCGGUGCGAGGCUGAUGUGAAUGAAUGCCGUCCCGGGGCCUGCCACACGGCGCACACACGCGACUGCCUGCAGGAGCCUGGUGGUCGUUUCCGCUGCCUCUGCCACCCUGGUUUCACAGGUUCGCGCUGUCAGACGGCCCUGUCUCCCUGUGCGUCCCAGCCCUGCCAGCAUGGGGGCCAGUGCAGGCCCAGCCCUGGGGGAGGGUUGCCCUUCACCUGCCACUGCCCUCAGCCCUUUUGGGGUCCCCAUUGUGAGCGGAUAGCGAGCUCCUGCCGGGAACUGCAGUGCCCAGCUGGGGUUCCCUGUCAGCAAACGGCCCGGGGUCCUCGCUGCGCCUGCCCCCCGGGUCUCUCAGCACCUUCCUGCCGCGGUACCCGGUGGUCACCUCCGGGCAUCGCCAACGCCAGCUGCAUGGCCGGCCCAUGUCUGCACGGAGGCACCUGCCACCCUGCUGCCCUCGCGCCCUUUUUCCGCUGCACGUGCGCACCGGGCUGGGCUGGUCCGCGUUGCGAGACGCCCCAGAAAGCAGAGGAGCAGCUGGAGGAGCCGAGGUGUCCUCGUGCAGCCUGCCGGGCCAAGCGCGGUGACCACCGCUGUGACCGCGAAUGCAACAGUCCGGGCUGCGGCUGGGACGGCGGGGACUGCUCGCUGAGCGUCGGCGACCCUUGGAGGCAAUGCGAGGCUCUGCAAUGCUGGCGCCUUUUCAACAACAGUCGCUGCGACCCGGCCUGCAGCUCCCCAGCCUGCCUUUAUGACAACUUCGACUGCCACUCCGGUGGCCGGGAGCGCACCUGCAACCCGGUGUAUGAGAAGUACUGCGCCGACCACUUCGCCGAUGGCCGCUGCGACCAGGGCUGCAACACGGAGGAGUGUGGCUGGGACGGGCUGGACUGCGCACGGGAGGUGCCUGCGCUGCUGGCCCGGGGCGUGCUGGUGCUCACCGUGCUGUUACCCCCCGAGGAGCUGCUGCGCUCGGGCGCAGACUUCUUGCAGCGGCUCAGCGCCAUCCUGCGCACGUCGCUGCGCUUCCGCCUGGACGCCCAUGGACAGGCCAUGGUCUUCCCUUACCACCGACCCACGGGUGGCGCCGCUGCCGAAUCCCGGGCGCGGCGUGAGCUGGCGCCCGAGGUGAUCGGCUCGGUCGUAAUGUUGGAGAUUGAUAACCGGCUGUGCCUGCAGUCGCCCGAGAAUGACCACUGCUUUCCCGAUGCGCAAAGCGCAGCUGACUACCUGGGGGCCUUGUCCGCCGUGGAGCGCCUGGACUUCCCUUACCCGUUGCGGGAUGUGCGGGGGGAACCACUGGACCCUCCGGAGCCCAGCUGGCCGCUGCUGCCUCUGCUGGCUGCAGGCGCCGUCUUCCUGCUGCUUAUCCUCGUCCUGGGCGUCAUGGUGGCCCGGCGCAAACGGGAACACAGCACCCUCUGGUUCCCCGAGGGCUUCGCCCUGCACAAGGACGUGGCCAGCGGGCACAAGGGCCGGCGGGAGCCCGUGGGCCAGGACGCGUUGGGCAUGAAGAACAUGGCCAAGGGUGAGGGGCUGAUGAGCCAGGUGACCACAGACUGGCUGGACUCGGAGUGCCCGGAGGCCAAGCGACUGAAGGUGGAGGAACCAGGCAUGGAGGCGGAAGAGGCUGUGGAUUGCCGUCAGUGGACCCAGCACCACCUGGUUGCUGCUGACAUCCGGGUGGCGCCGGCCAUGGCACUGACACCCCCACAGGGCGACGCGGAUGCUGAUGGGAUGGACGUGAAUGUGCGUGGUCCAGACGGCUUCACUCCGCUCAUGCUGGCCUCCUUCUGCGGGGGGACCCUGGAGCCAGCGCCCACCGAGGAGGACGAGGCUGAAGACACAUCGGCCAACAUCAUCUCCGACCUGAUCUGCCAGGGGGCCCAGCUCGGGGCACGGACCGACCGCACAGGCGAGACCGCCCUGCACCUGGCUGCCCGCUACGCCCGGGCCGACGCGGCCAAGCGGCUGCUGGAUGCUGGAGCUGACACCAACGCCCAGGACCACUCAGGCCGCACGCCCCUGCACACGGCUGUCACUGCUGAUGCCCAGGGCGUCUUCCAGAUUCUCAUCCGGAACCGCUCCACAGACCUGGAUGCCCGCAUGGCGGAUGGCUCCACGGCGCUGAUCCUGGCCGCCCGCCUGGCGGUGGAGGGCAUGGUGGAAGAACUCAUCGCCAGCCACGCGGAUGUCAACGCCGUGGAUGAGCUCGGGAAGUCAGCCUUACAUUGGGCCGCUGCUGUGAACAACGUGGAGGCCACCCUGGCCCUGCUCAAGAACGGAGCCAACAAAGAUAUGCAAGACAGCAAGGAGGAGACCCCGCUGUUCCUGGCAGCCCGCGAGGGCAGCUACGAGGCGGCCAAACUGCUGUUGGACCAUUUCGCAAACCGUGAGAUCACCGACCACCUGGACAGGCUGCCGAGGGACGUGGCGCAGGAGCGCUUGCAUCAGGACAUCGUGCGCCUGCUGGACCAGCCCAGUGGACCCCGCAGCCCCCCGGGUCCCCACGGCCUGGGGCCCCUGCUGUGCGCACCGGGCGCCUUCCUCCCGGGCCUCAAGGGCACCCAGACAGGGACCAAGAAGAGCAGGAGACCCCCGGGCAAGGCAGGGUUAGGGGCGCAAGCCGGUGGUGGCCGCGGGAGGGGCAAGAAGUUGACCUUGGCCUGCCCCGGGGGCGCCCUGGCCGAGAGUUCGGUCACGCUGUCACCCGUGGACUCGCUGGACUCCCCGAGGCCUUUUGGGGGGCCCCCCGCGUCUCCCGGGGCCUUCCCCUUGGAUGCGCCCUACGCGGCGGCCACCGUGUCCCUGGCGCAGCUGGGUGGCCCAGGCCCUGGUUGCCCCUUGGGGCGUCAGCCCCCCACGGGCUGCGUGCUAAGUUUGGGGUUGCUGAACCCUGUGGCCGUGCCCCUCGACUGGGCCCGGCUGCCCCCACCCGCCCCGCCGGGCCCCUCUUUCUUGCUCCCGUUGGCACCCACUCCACAGCUGCUCCACCCGGGGACCCCAGUGUCCCCCCAGGAGCGGCCCCCGCCCUACCUGGCGGCCCCAGGGCCCACGGGAGAGGAGUUCGCGGCCACUGGGGCCCGUGGCAGCCCCGCCAAGGCCCGCUUCCUGAGUGUCCCCAACGAACACCCCUACCUGACCCCAUCCCCGGAGUCCCCCGAGCACUGGGCCAGCCCGUCACCUCCUGCCCUCUCGGACUGGUCAGAAUCCAUGCCCAGCCCAGCCACUGCCGCGGCCACCGCUGCCACUGCCGCCGCCGCUGCCACCACCACUGCGGUGGGCACCCCUGGGGUGCUGCCUGCCCAGCCGCACCCCUUGUCCGUCCCGGGCAACCUGGCGCAGACCCAGACCCAGCUAGGGCCCCAGGCUGAGGUCACCCCCAAGAGGCAGGUGCUCGCCUGA